AUGUAUACAGGGGUCGAUAAUGAAAAUCGAUUGCUUAGUUUAGCGAUUUCAGGGAGAUCUAUUAAUGCGAAUGAGAUUCCAAAUGAUAGAAAGAAGGUGCCUGAUAUAAAUGUAUAUAGCUAUGAAUGUAUUUCAACUGCCACAAACAACUUCUCAUUAGAAAGCAAGCUUGGAGAAGGGGGCUUUGGACCAAUUUACAAGUUGAUACUCAUAUCUAGACUCCAACAUAUCAAUCUUGUUAAGUUUUUGGGUUGUUGCAUUUUUGGAGAAGAAAGGAUGUUAAUCUAUGAGCACAUGCUCAACAAAAGCUUGGACUACUUUCUAUUUGAUUCAAAUAGAAGCAAGCUACUAGAUUGGAAGAAGCGUCUCAAUAUAAUUGAAGGAAUUGCUCAAGGAUUGAUCUAUCUACAUAAAUAUUCAAGGUUGAGAGUAAUUCAUAGAGAUUUAAAAGCUAGCAACAUACUUCUCGAUGAAAAUAUGAAUUCGAAGAUUUCUGAUUUCGGCAUGACAAGAAUUUUCAAACUAAAUGAACUCAAGGCCAAUACAAAUAGAGCUGUUGGGACAUAUGGUUACAUGUCUCCUGAAUAUGCUAUGGAAGGUGUGUUCUCUACAAAAUCUGAUGUUUAUAGUUUUGGUGUUUUAAUGCUUGAAAUCGUGAGUGGGAGAAGCAACAGCUUCUAUCAUUCCAAUGAUGCGCUCAAUCUUGUUGGAUAUGUGUGGGGUUUAUGGCAAGCAGAUAAAGGACUAGACCUAGUUGAUCCCACAAUAAGUGAUUCAUGUGUUACAUAUCAAGUAUUGAGAUGCAUUCAAGUCAGUCUCUUAUGCGUGGAAGAUGGUGCAAUUGAUCGUCCUACUGUGUCAGAUAUGCUAUCUAUGUUGACAAAUGAAAGUACAAAAUUGCCUUUACCUAAAAAACCAGCAUUUUCUAUUGCAAGGAAACAAAUUGAGGCAAAUAUUCCUAACAAGGAAUCAGAUAUUUAUACAAUGAAUGGGUUGUCCAUUUCUGAUAUGGACGCCCGAUAG